AUGUCGCGACGGCUUGCUCAUCGGCUCUGGCGCGUGCGUCAGCCAUCGGCUCUUUCAUCACUCAAGAUAUCGCCAUCGCCAUGGGCCCCAAGGCUGUUAUCGUGUCACUUCUCAACGUCCAACGCUAGAAAAAUCAUGGGCAUGGCAGGCUUCACAGAGAACCAGCUCAUGGUUCGCGAGGCCGUUGGACAGAUCUGCGCCGAGUUUCCAAACACGUACUGGCAGGAGCGCGACCAGACGGAGACGGACCCGAAAGAAUUCCACGCCGCGCUGGCCAAGGGCGGCUGGCUGGGCAUCGCCUUACCAGAGUCUCUCGGUGGCUCAGGCCUCGGCAUCUCCGAAGCGACCAUGAUGAUGCAGACGAUUAGCGAGUCCGGCGCCGGCAUGGCGGGGGCGCAGUCUAUCCACGCCAACGUGUACGCGACGCAGCCGCUGGCGAGGUUCGGCUCGCAGCAGCAGCUCGAGACGGCUAUUCCCAACAUCGUGUCGGGCAAGUGGCGCGUGUGCUUUGGCGUGACGGAGCCCAACGCGGGCCUCGACACGAAGAGCCUGACGACGACGGCGAACAGGCUCGAUGACGGGUCGUAUAGCGUGUCGGGGCAAAAGAUCUGGAUCACAUGUGCGCAGGUGGCGUCCAAGAUGAUCCUCCUCGCACGCACAGGGCCACAGGCUCUUUCGCUCUUCUCCAUCGACAUUGACAGAGAAGCCAAGGGCCUCGACAUGCGCAGGAUCAAGAAGAUGGGUGGACGGGCAGUCGAUGCCAACGAAGUGUUCUUCGACAACUACCAGAUCCCGGCCGACGCGCUCAUAGGUGAGGAGGGCAAUGGAUUCAAGAUGAUAUUGCAUGGGAUGAAUGCUGAGCGGUGCCUGCUGGCGGGCGAGGCUCUCGGGUUAGGCUACGCGGCGCUGACGAGGGCGGCGACGUAUGCUCGCGAGCGGGUGGUGUUCGGCCGCCCGAUCGGUAUGAAUCAAGGGGUGGCUCAUCCGCUGGCGGAUGCAUACAUGCAGCUGGAGGCGGCAAAGCUGGCGACGUACCAUGCAGCUCGCCUCUACGAUGCCAGCAGCAAGACGGAUUCGUCGAUCCAGGCUCACGAAUUGGGCAUCGCAGCAAACAGCGCCAAGUACCUGGCGGCAGAGGCAGCAUUUGCGGCAUGCGAACGGGCCGUCCUGGCACAUGGCGGGAUGGGCUAUGCGAUGGAAUAUGACGUUGAGAGAUGGUUGCGGGAGUGCAUGGUGCCCAGGAUCGCACCCGUCAGUCGAGAGAUGAUUCUCAACUUUAUCAGCGAGAAGGUGCUUGAGCUGCCACGCAGCUAUUGA